AUGCUGAGAAAUCUACGAUCCCGGCGACGCCAUCGCUACGGCGUGUUCCUACGCGCCGUCGUUUCGGGGCUGCUUGUGUUGGUAUCGGUGUGGCUCCUCAUCUCUCACUCUCACCUUCGUUUACCUUCUCACGAGGUCAACUACGACUCCCGCCUCUCCGAUUCCCCCAACGACGACGCCGACGAGGACACCAUCGACGCUCUCGACAUCGUUGAAGAACAAACGCAGGACUCCACCGAAGCCGACGACGACGACGAGUCUUUGGAUCAGAACAACGCCUCCGGCUACGUCUUCCACCCCGUCCAGGGCGUGAUUCGAGCCUUCAGCAAGAGCUUCAUGGACGACGACGAAAUCUUCACGGAGUCGGAGGAUCGCGGUAAGACCGCGUUUGGAUCCGAUGACGUGGCGGUGGAGGAGAAUGUGAGAAGAAAGGCGAUUCAGGUAAACGGCGUUGAGGAUGCGCUUUUGUUGAAGACGAAUCGGAGGGUUUCGCCUUUGAGAGAAGGUUGGGGUGAUUGGUUUGAUAAAAGAAGUGAUUUUUUGAGGAAGGAUAAAAUGUUUAGGUCCAAUUUAGAGGGUUUGAACCCUUUGCAUAAUCCCAUUUUGCAAGACCCUGAUUCUGUUGGUCUCACUGGAAUCACCAAAGCUGAUAAAAUUAUUCGUAAUUCUUUGUUCAAUGACUUUAAGAGAAUUCCCUUUCCUGCUAGAAAGAUCGUUCAAGACCCCAAUUUGACUUAGCUAUUAGGUGUUGGGUGUUGUUUAAGAGGAAGUUUAUCAAUUUUCUCUUUGGAUCCUCUCCGGCAAGAUUUUGGUGCAGCCAAUAUCUGCAAAAAUCCCAACCAUUGAUAUGAUUUUGCACAAAAUUGAAAGAAGAAAGAUAAUAUUAUGUGCGGUUAAGAUUUCUGCUGCAGAGGCAGGAGAGUAUACGGUCUCGUAUUCUACUGUAGUAUAAUGUUGUUUGAUAAAUAAAAUAAUGUUUAUUUAUUAGGGGCUAACAUUUUGUUCGACAUGCCGUGUAAA